AGAGAGAAGGUGCGUUUAGUUUGUAGGUUUCGGGAGUGCAGCUUCACUCUUGGUGUUGCGUUUCUCGCUCAUUGUUAGAUCUAAUUUUUGUUUUUCUACCUGUAUCCUCAUCAUUUUUCCCCGCGGAUAAACGUUUCAACGAAAUUAAGGUUUAUGGUCCUGGCUGAAGAUUUCACCAUGUCUCGCACCGACGAGGUUCACCGCUUUACAGAAAAUGUUUAUAAGACCAUUAUGGAGCAGUUCAAUCCCUGCUUACGGAACUUUGUUGCCAUGGGAAAGAACUACGAGAAGGCCCUUGCCAAUGUGACAUUUGCUGCAAAAGGCUACUUUGAUGCCCUGGUCAGGAUGGGUGAACUGGCCAGUGAAAGUCAGGGAUCUAAAGAUUUGGGGGAUGUGCUGUUCCAGAUGGCUGAGGUCCACAGACAGAUCCAAGUACAGCUUGAGGAAAUGCUGAAAUCCUUCCACAAUGAGCUGCUGUCUGAGCUUGAGAAGAAGGUGGAGCUAGACGCUCGAUAUUUGACUGCUGCCUUGAAGAAGUACCAGAUGGAACACAAGAGCAAAGGGGAGAGUCUGGAGAAAUGCCAAGGUGAAUUAAAAAAGCUGCGCAGGAAGAGCCAGGGCAGCAAGAACCCCUCCAAGUACGGGGAGAAGGAGAUGCAGUUUGUGGAGACCAUUAGCAGUAAGCAAACAGAGUUGGACACCUUCAUCGCUGAGGGAUACAAGACAGCUUUGUCAGAGGAGCGUCGCAGGUACUGCUUCCUGGUGGACCGUCAGUGUGCAGUGGCGAAAAACAGCAGUGCAUACCAUGGCAAAGGUAAAGACCUCCUGACUCAGAAGAUCCCAGUGUGGCAACAGGCCUGCUCAGACCCCAACAAGCUACCAGAGAGGGCCAUGCUGCUGGCCCAGCAGAUGGGCUCUAGUGCACUUGGGGGAACAAGUCCCCUGCACACUUCCAAAUCCAACCUGGUGAUCUCAGACCCUAUUCCCGGGGCUCAGCCUCUUCCUGUUCCCCCAGAGCUGGCUGUCUUUAUGGGUAGUGGCCUUGGACACCCUGGGAGGCUGAUAGGCCCUGAUGGCAUGUCCAUGGUCAAUGGAACAACAGGAGUCCACGGAGAGGAAUACUGGGCAGAUGGGGGAGCGAUGUCUGUGUCCCAAGUCAGGCCUUCAUCCCCUCAGACCCAGGCACAGGGCCAGUCCCAGGCCCAACCUCAGAGACAGGUCAGCGAUGUCUACUCCAACACUCUCCCUGUCCGCAGGCCUGCCCCUGCCAAAAAUAAAAACCCAGUGGGAGAAACGCGGACUCUGCCUAGGUCCAGUUCUAUGGCAGCAGGACUGGAAAAGAAUGGACGCUCCCGUGUCCAGGCCAUUUUCUCCCAUGCUGCAGGAGACAACAGCACCCUGCUCAGCUUCUCCGAGGGAGAUGUCAUCACCCUGCUAGUGCCUGAAGCUCGUGAUGGUUGGCACUAUGGAGAGAAUGAGAAAAACAAGAUGCGUGGCUGGUUCCCCUUUUCCUACACACGUGUGUUGCCUGAAAGUGACAAUGAGAAGCUCAGAGUGAACCUGCACCAUGGGAAAAGCAGCAGCACAGGGAACUUGUUGGAGAGUGACGCAUCUCUGCCCACACCUGACUAUGGCCUGACUGCCCGACUGCUGGCACAAAGCCUUGCGCAGACCCGCCCACGCCCCUACAGCAUGGCAGGCUUUGGCCCACAGCCUGCUAUUGAGGAUUAUGAUGGUCGCUUUGCCACAAGUAGCGGUUGGUGGGUGGAGGAUUGCAUUGAGCGAGAGAGCCAGAGUGGGGCCUACCUGCUCGGCAUGCAGCGAUAUGGACUCUGAAUUUGAUCAUAGUCCACCAUCACGGACUGAUCUCUCAAGAGACUGCCUUUGCUACUGCUUGUCUUUCAUGCAUGUACAUGGUUGUGUCAUUUUGUCAAAACUAAAAGACAUGUUCAUGUACUGUACAAGUGCCAAAAGACUUCAAUGUCGUUGUACUUAAGCCACUGACUGAAUGGCCUUUUUAAGCACAUGUGGGCCCAAUAUUAUUGAGUUCCCACCGAACACACUCGCUCAAAAAGCUUUGUUUAAAAUAAGGCUGUGCAGCAGCUUACUAUGUUUCUGUUCUGAGAGAUCCCAUAGGUCCUGCUGUGCUUCCUCGUGUCAGUGCUAGACUUGAUUUUUCGUCCAGAGGGUCUGUUAUAUUUGCCUUACUUUGUUUUUUUUUUUCUAUUUAACACAUUUUAUGUGCAAUGAAGCAAAUUUUCACAGUUUCUAGAACAUACAGUAUAUAUAUCUAUGAAAAAUUGUUUCCGACAGUCUGCAAAUUUGCUCCCUCAUUUAAAAAAAGAAAAAAUAAAAAAAAAGUUUGUGCUCAUUUAAACUUUUCACCAGAUAGGCACCUUUUUUGUCAUUCCUGGCUGAAAAUACCACCAGAUUUUUUGGUUAAAUAAAAUGCCUCGAUCCAAUAUUCUGCAGGUUUUUGUUGUUUGUUUCUUUUUUUUUUUUUUUUUUAAUUUCCUUAAAGCUAUAGUGCAUUUGGAGGAGAAUGUCACUACCUGCUGUGACUUGCUGCCCAAUGUAAGAAGUGCAGACAAGACUUGUGCAUGUACCAAAGUGAACCAACCCUGUCAUUGUCUUUUUCACUGCAAGAAACCUAGUUGUAUGAUGUAUGUUGCCACCAUGCAUUUGAUCUUUAAAAUCAGCUGUCACUUGCUUAACUCAACGGAUUUCCCUAAAUGUUCAUUUGCUAUUAACAAGAGAAAUUGGUUGUCAUGCUGGUUACUAUUUUAGUCAAAUGUUAAAAUAAAGUGCCACUCCUUCAUCUGGGUACAGCUCCACGAACAUUUAUUAUUUCAGCCUAGGUGAGUUCUUCCAAAAAUAUAAAAUUCUGGACCCCCUGAUUGCUUGAUAAUCUAAAUACACAAACUCUGAUAAUAAAGAGGAUAGUUAUUUCAUCCAAACAACCUAAGACACAUCUAAGUACCCUACUUGUGUAGCUCUGAUAGAUGCCAUUAGCCCUAACUUUCAAUUAAAUUCAGGUUUGUUUGUAUAAUGACAAUUCACAACAAGCAUAAUCACAAGGCAUGUUCACAGAUACAGUCCAAUGUGAUCUAAUUAUUAACCAGUUAAAUCAGUUUCAUUCUAAUCUAAAUGUCAUACAUAUAAUGCAAAUUCUUAAAAAAAAUCCUCACCAAGGAAGCUACCAGAUCACACUGAAUCAAUCCUCCAUCCUGAGCAUGCACAAUUUCGCAGGCAACUACCUAGGAACUACCGUUUAAGAGGACGCCACCUCCAUCAGAACCAGGCUUAGGAAGAGUGGCCAUUUUCCUCAACCACGACCACACAUUUUAUAAAUAUUUUCUGUCAAUCUUAGUUGUCUUUUUUUUUCUUUAUUUAAGCAGAUAAGUCAGUUAAGAACCAGUUCUUAUUUACAGUGACGACCUGGGCCAGGGGCAACAAUAAAACCUACAGUAGGUCUUAAAAAAAUGUUGUGACUUAAAUUACAAAGUAUUAAAUACAAUAUACUUAGUUUUAUAAUGUUAGAAAAAAUGCAAUAAAACAGCAAUUCCAAACAUUGAGGUGCAGUUAAUAACGAGCAAUGAUGACCAGCGAUCACUUUUUGCAAUAAGUUUGUAAAAGUUUAAGAAUCUGUUGUAAAAGGUUCCAGUCAUUAGAAGCUAAAAAUUAGAAUGUGAAACGACCAAAGGCUGUGUGGGCUUUUAAAAUAAUUAAGUUAAGGUAGUUAGUGGAGCGUAACUUGCAAUCACUGUUAAAGUAAAAUGAAUAAAGAGUGAAGGUGAGCAGGGGUUUUGCAAAUAUUAAGGUUUUAAAAAUAAACAGAUGCCAAUAAAUCAGCUUCCAGGAGUGAAGUGAUGGCCAGUUGACAUGAGAAUACAAAUCACAGUGAUGCGUUCUGAAGGGAACUGGUAUCAAAGACAGUAUGGUACCAGCUUAAUGAGGAGGCUCUUAGCAACAUGUCUUUAAAAAUAUAUCACCAUAAUCAGUCAAUGGGAGAACUGACAUUUUAACCAACAAGUAUUUUGCAGAGUUUGUGAAAGAAGUGUAGGUGUUAUGAAAGCAAAGCAAUAUAUAACAUUAUGAAAUCAGGAUUUAGUUUUUUAUAGAUUUAUGUUACCCCACAGAGAUCACAUCUCACAUCAGGCAGCAACUCGUAUCCAAUGGUGACAGGAUCUAUUAUAUUAAGUUGGGUAUCCUCAAUGACAGCUGUGAAUUAGUUAUAGGUUAAUUUAUAACCACAAUUUUUGCAGCUUUCAGUGUUAUUUAUGAUUGUACUCCCUGAGUGGCUGUGUAGUUUUUGGUAUUUUCUUUAAAGAAAGAAAGAAAGAAAAAAACACUAUGAAUACUGUCCUUGUAAAAUAUUUCCAAAAAAAAAAAAAGCCUACUGAUUAGUUGAAGUGUUUAUAUUAUGCAUGCUGUUGAGCGAAACCAGAAAAUGUGACACUGAAAAUUGACCUUGAAUGUAUGGUGACUUUUUACAAAGGUAUUCUCAAUAAAAUAUCUCUAUAUAUUAAUAAACAGUCUGGUCUGACAAAAUCUGUUUUGCCAGCCAUGUGGCAUUUUCAGUUAUUUAAAAGUUACAGCUCUGAAUUGAAUUACUCAAUUUAUUAUUUCAUUUUACUUCAAUUACUUCACAUAAACCCUUUUGUGAAUCAUCUGAAGUCACGUGUCCUGUGCAUGCUGUUUCUUCCCUGCCCUGCCACAAACACCCAUAGCAUCUGUGUGCUUUCAUUGUGUUUAAAACAAAGUGUGCGAGGUGGUGUUUCGUACAGUAUGAAUAUUGUGAGUAUCUGAAAUUUUAUUGCCUGCCUUUCUUCGUCUUUGGUUGUGUCUUACUUUUUGUUUGUGUUUGAUUUAUAUUUAGGUCAGAAAAUUAACACGUUUUUCCAGAUACACCUUCUUGUGUAGUUUAUUGGUUUAUUCCAAUUUGUCACUGUUAUGGCGUGUAGUUUGAAAAGGAGUAUAGUUUUGCAUAUGGCAUGUUGAGCAUGAAGUGUGUACUCCCUGUUUUGCAUCCUUCAUUGUUAUGAAUUAUUAUCAACCUAUGGUAUGUUCAUCUUACAUCAGACUAACAAGUGUCCUUACAAAUUGUGACCCAUGCAUGAUCUGAGAGAUGAGCCAUUCAAACCCAAAGGUUCUUUUUACCUUCCAGUUUGGGUCCAGAAUUGUCCCGGUUCUGAGGGAACAGGACCUCCGUAAGUCACCAGUCUCCAUCGCCUCUCAGCCAAUCACUCACCUUUUAUCUUCUCUCUUUUAAUGCCUGGUCCUUUCUUUUGUCACUGGCUGUUUGGCUGUGGUUAGAUGCUGGAAAUCACUGGUCUUUUCUGUCAUUUGGCCUCUAUGGAUGUGGCAGCGUAUGAUUGUCAAUCCAGCAGGCCUUGGGUUGUGCUUCGGAUCUUGUCUGUUUUUUCUUUUUCUUUUUUAAGUCACAUAACAUACAGAGAUGACACUAACCCUGCAUGCAUGCAUAAAAACUAUACAAACUGUUUUUCCAUUUUAUUCUACAAGUUUUUUCAUCUCGUGCUUGCUAAAUCUCACAAAAGCCCAAUUAUCUCCUUGACUUACUGUAAGAUAUUAAGAGGUUUCUUUGGGUGUAAUUACAUAUAAUUGACCAUGUGUGUGUCUGUAAAUCAUCUAUGUUCAUGCUAACUGCAAGUGUUCCUUGUCUCACCCCUCCUCUCCCUGCAGUGACCGAUCCUUGGAGGUCUUCCUCCGGCCUACCUUCUCUGAUGACCGAUCUGCACCGAUCUACUACUAGCAGCCUGCUGUCCACUUUAUUUUUUUCACUCAUGGGCACUCUUUUUUUUUUUUUCUUUUUUCAUUAAAGGUAAACAAUGGCCAUCACUGGCAUGUUUCAUUGUUAUUGCAGGCGGGCCCAUAUGUGACUUUGUGUAAAUAAGUCACUUCAAUGAACAUUUUACACUAUUAAGAAUUUAGUCUCUUUGCUCAGGAAAUUAACUCCAAUAAUUUCCUAUUUAUGUUUUGCAGCCACUUUCAUCAUUAUUGAAUGUAUCAGCCUGAACAUUCAAAAGCAAGUGUAUCUAUAGAUUUUUUUUUUGUUGUUUAGAUGGAUGAGGAAUUUGACUGGUGAUGAAAUCAACACUACACUUCUAUUAUGGGAUUAGUUUGUUUUCUUCAACGCUAUACACUGUAAAUUGUAUUGGGAGUGAAGUCGCGCUCUGCAUUAUGUGAGAGCUGAGGGUGAGCGUGAGAUGAUUGGUUGAAAUCAGUGCAUCACUGGGGUGUGAAUGAAAGAUUGGAAGUUUGUCAGUAAACUAUAAUUCUGCUUUUGUUAGGUUAUGUAGAAGUUUAUAUUCACUAGUUGUGAUACAGUACACCCAGAUUUUCAAUGUGGGAACUGUGCCUUCUACAUGUUUUUUUUUUAACAUAUGAUAAUAUUGUUAAACCUAUUGUUCUAUAAACUGCUUUAAGGGGACACACAGCACGGUUCUACAUAUAUUUUUUUAUAAUCCUGAAAGUGUUAAAAGGAUUAUUUCACCUUUUAUUCUGUUUUUUUUUUUUUUUUUGUUUUGUUUUUUGCUUAAGCAAGCUUUAAUACUGAGCAGUUGCAAUCCCACAGAAAUACUCAAGUAUAUUUUGAAUUGUCAGUCUUUUAUUCUAUUUGAAUUUCAGCAAUAUUUAAGCUGUCAGAGUUUAAGUAGAGGUGGCAAAGAGUUUAGAGGAAAUGCUACAUAAUGUUUUUUUUUUUUAAUACGUUUAGCUUUGAGGGAGUGGUAGUUUAUCAGAUAAGGUACAGUAUUAUCGUAGCUUUUGAUCAUUCGUUCUCAGUAUUAUGCAGCACAUUCAUCUGGGAAACGAGCUGAGGCAUCUAUAUAUAGGAUGUAGUCUAGGGAUACAUUUGAAAUUUAAAACAAAAUGUGUAUGAAUGUCUAUGUGAAUGAAAAGUCAUCCUGAAAAGUCUUUUUUUUUUCUCCACAGAGAAGAAACUUACACUGAGUGAUGUGAUCUUGCUUAUUUUAGUGCUCAUCUGGGUUUUUUUUUUUUUUUUUACUUUUAUAUAGCUCAUCCUCUCCAUUUCUCACCUUUGUCCUGUUUAUAUUAUAUCUGUACUGUACAGAAAAUGCAAAUAAAUUAUCUUGUCCAAAAUAAAUUUAAACAUGCACAAAUA